AUAGAAGUCACUUUUAUGAGGAAAAAGUUAAGCAUAUUGAAAAAAGCAACAGGGUGAGAAAAAUAUUUAUGGAAAUGGACUCCACAAGUGCACAACUUACUAAACUGUUUUAAAUCUUGAGGGAAGUAACAAAAAUGAACAUUGCUUCCCUAACUGCUUAAGUCUAAAGAUUAGAAGAAGAAACGUACACGGCCAUAUAAAGAAAGUUAAAGAUGAAAGAAUAGGUUCAUUAGAGACAGAGAAUGCUAUGCUUUAUUUGAAACUUGCUCAGUUAAGAGGGGCACUUCAACAUACAAGACAAGAAUCGAUUGAAAUUCAUGAACAGUUUGAAGAUGAGAGUCGAUUUAGGAAAUCAGUCGCUGAGUCGGCCUGCAAAUUUAAGCAAGAGCUGGAUAAUAUCAAAAAAGAUAUGCAGUCAGUGCAAAAUGCUGCCAAAGAAAUUCCCAAGCAAUUCAACGAACAGGUUCAGUAUGCAAACUCAGUGGUACAAAGACAUAAAAUGGCGUUCCAAUCCCAGAGUUCUAGUCUGUCAGAGCUACAGGAACGAUUGGCUCAUAUGGAACUGACUCUUCAUGAUGUCACAGAUAGACAUGCUAAAGAGAAAAAAAGAAGACAGGAACUUCAUAACACACUCAUGGAAUUAAGAGGUAACAUCAGAGUUCACUGCAGAGUAAGACCACUUAUGGAUUUUGAUAGAGGUCAAGAGGAUAUGUCAAGUUUUGGAAGACAAGGAGCCAAGUCAGAAGUUGUAGUACACUUUGUAGAUGAUGAAAAUGUUUGUGUGAGAACAACAAAACACAACAAAGUGUUUGAAUAUGAAAGAGUGUAUGACAUGACAGAGACACAGAAUGGUUUGUUUGAUGAAGUUCAGCCAAUGUUAACAUCACUAUUAGAUGGAUAUAACAUAUGUAUCAUGGCCUAUGGACAGACAGGAAGUGGAAAGACACAUACCAUGUUAGGGUCACACAAAAAUGAGGAUUACAAUCCUACAAGAGAAACCCACCCAGAUGAGGGUGUUAUACCAAGAGCAGCUAGAGAAUUAUUUAGACUGACAUCGGAGAAACAGAAAGGAACACAUACUGUGGAAGUCUCAGUGGUAGAAAUAUACAACAAUGACAUCCGUGAUCUUCUGAGCCAUGACCCAAACAUCAAACAUGAUAUCAAUACUGGUCAGGACAACUCUAUAAGUUUGCCUACCAUUAUAUCCAAACAAGUAGAUACAGUAUAUGAUGUCAUGUGCUUAGUACAACAUGGUCUGCACACGAGAAGAGAGUCUGCCACUUUGGUUCAUGAACAUUCAAGUCGAUCACAUCUGGUUGUAACCUUAACAGUUGUUUCUCCGGCACCAAGCUUCUUCUCUAAAAACUCAGCACCAGGAGAUAUUUUCAGGAAAACCAAAAGGAAAUCUUUAACAGAAAGUCAACUUCUUGAUAUGAUCCCUGAAGCUCUUCUACAAGCGACACCUAGGGACAGUAAAGGGAGAUCAUCCUCUUUAUCAUCAUCUGGAUCAAUGCCAUCAGGCUCCAUGUGGCAAUCAAAUGAUCUCAGCACUAAUUCUGCUGGACAGGCUGUUAUUAAAACAAAACUACAAUUAGUAGAUCUGGCUGGCAGUGAAUGUGUUGGCAUGAGUGGUGUAAAAGGACAGGCAUUACGAGAAACAGCAAACAUUAACAAAAGUUUGUCUGCAUUAGCUGAUGUUUUAGGAGCCCUAGCUGAACACAGAGCACAUGUACCUUACAGAAACACACGCCUCACACAUUUGUUACAAGAUUCCAUUGGAGGAGAUGCAAAGUUAUUAAUUCUGUUAUGUGUAGCGCCUGCCCAGAGAUACAUCACAGAGUCUCUACAGAGUUUAGGUUUUGGUGCUCGUGCUAGACAAGUACAAAGAGGUCAAACUAAACGUCGUCUGCCAUCAUCUGCUGAGAAAGUUAGUCUGGACACACCAAAAAAUUCUAGAUCAAUCUCAGUAACAGGUCCUCCACCUUUUAGCCAGCGAUGAUAUUUAUGAUAUUUUGUACCAACUUUAAUAUAUCUUUUAAUAAUUAACAGUUCCAGACAUAUAUUUUUAGAGACAGUUUGUUUAGUCUGUCUAACACAAAAUUUAUCAUUUGAAAUCUCAUAAAGUUUAAAUAAGAAUGGAAUGUAUACAGUUAAAUUGGCAUGUAUUACCCAUGAAAUGCAUACAAGUUGGCAACCAUGCAUGGACAAUAUUUAGAUCAAUUUGAACACAAGGAGAAGUUAGCAAAUUGUCCUGUAGUUUAAGCUUGAACAGGACAGAAAAUAAUUUAUAAAAUUAUUAAAUAUUAAGUGUAAUCAUGCACUUUUAUCUAUUAUUUUGUAUCAAAAUGAAUUAUUCUUUUUGGAAUUUCCAUUUCUACAUAUAUGAAGUGUAUCAUAGUAAAGUCUCUAAAGUUAACAUGUGAAUGUCAAUUGACAAAAUUGCUUUCAUAACAAGAUAUUAACCUUAUUUAUGUUAUUGUCCUUUAUAAUAAAAAUAGUGAGAUUUGGUAAGAUGGAUACAUUUGAUUUUGUACUAGUAUAUUUGUGUCAAAACAAACUUGAAUUUCAAAUGCUAGUCUUAAAGUGAAAUUCUCCACAUUCCAGGUUUACUUUUUGGAUAUUGCCUAAUGUUUUGUGCAUUUUAUUUAUUGGUGCUGAUGUAAAAUAUAAGGAAUAAGCCACAUUUCUUUUCUAUUAAUUUAAUAUAUUGAAUUGUUUUUUCCUAUUUUUGUAAAACAUUGAAUUAUUUUGCAGAUUAAUCUAUGCAUUUGUAGCAGAACUAAUAAUAAAAAAAAUAUUUAAAUGACAAUAUGGAAGUUUUUAUGUCAAGAGUUUCUCCUAAUUAUUUGUAGCCUGGUAGUCCAAGUAAAAAUGUAUUGGUCCUGUAUUAGCUGAAAUUAUUUGCUAUAAAAAUCAAUUGGAUAGUUCUGCAUGAUUUUGAAUUAACUCUCAUUGGUAUUGGGUCCUUUUACCAGUCCUUGAAGAGUGUUAGAAAUUUCCAUGGGUAAAUCUAUUAACAAGAUAUACAAGGAGUUAUUUUAAACUCUGAAUAUACAUUGAAAGAACUUAUGUCAUACUGGCUUAUAAACAAAUGAUAAUAGGUAUUGUUGAAAAGUUUUUAAGAAAAUGAUGCCAACAUAUUAUAUUUUAUCUGAUUUAGUACUAGUGUAGCUAGUUGUCAAGUUUACUUUUUAUUAUUUUCAAUAUUGAAAGUUGAAUUUAUACAUUAUGUAUGUAUACAAAUUGAGAAACUGUAUUGUUAUAACUUGUUAUUUCACUAAAGUUUGAAUCCCAGUGUAAAGUUCCACACCUUACUUUUUGAUAUAUAUUUUAUUUGAUUUUUUAGAAUUCCAAAGUGUUAUCUGUCCAUGAGUUGUGUCCUUUAUUAUUCAUGUAUAGUAUAUAUUUAUUUGAAUAUUGUUUUUGUUAGUUUUAUAUGAAAAUAAACAUAUUUUGAUUAAAAAUAUUAUAAAUGUU